UCCAGCUAGCAGCCAAACAUACUCACUGUCUUAACUUCACAACUGUAUUUAUUUUUUAACACGGCCCGUAAGGAUCCACACAGCGGGUUCUUUCCGUGCAUUUUUGCUCCAAUAAGAUGGUCGUUUUGACAACUAACAAUGAAGAACAGGAUUAUAUCCUGAUAGAGGAGCGUAAAUGCACCUCCCUGCCCAGCUCUCCCGCCAAGCGAGUGUCUCCCACCAAAAAGAAGCAGUUCUUUAUUAACCAAGCCAUCCGCAACUCUGACCUCAUUCCCCGAGCCAAAGGCAAGAAGAGCCUCCGCCGACAGGAGAACACGCGCUUUCUUGCCAAUCUUCUUGAGAGGGAUGAAUGCUCCAAAGAUGAUCUGGAGGUUUGCAGUAACCCAGCCAUCCCAUCCAUCUUCACUGAAGCCUGCACCAAUGGAAACUACAUAGAACCUUGGAAUGACUUCAUGAAUUGCUCCGGAGAGGAGCAGGAGAGGCUGUUGUCUCUGCUGGAACAGGAGGAGGCCAAGAAGAAAAACACCAACCGACUCCUCAAAGACCAGAGGAAUGUAAAUCCUGCCUUCACUGCUCAGGACUGCUUCCAGAGAAUUGAUCGCAGGCUGCGAGCCACUCUUAGAAGGAAACAAAUCCCCAUGGGAACUCUGGAAGUACUUGAGGAAAAUCUCCUGAGCUUCUUCAACACUCAACCUCACUCAGUUUACACAACCAACCUCACCAGCAGCUUUGAGAGACUGCUGCUUCAUGCCGUCUGCCAGUACAUGGACCUCGUCUCUGCAAGCACCGACUACAACGGGUCACGUCAGACUGAAGUGGUGAACAAACAAGAGGAGUUUCUGCCUCCUGCACUUCUGCUGUCUGCCUACCUGGAGCAGAUGAGCUGAGACCAGGACCAAGCCCUGUUUCCCCUGCAUGGCUCUGCUGCUGGCAGGAGCUCGGAGAGAUGUAGAUAAGGUGCGCAAUCCCUAUGUAGUAGUCUGUGUAAUGUCCAACAAGCUCCACAAACAGCUGCUUCCUUCUGGUUGGUCUCUGGUUUCUGUAGUAAAUUAUCAAUUAAUUUAAUCCACAAACAAAUCAGAGUUCAUCGACCCCUGUAUGUAAGCAGGCUUCGCAUACAUCCGAAAUGUUACAUGUUAGAUAUUAGCAUCAUAGCCUGCUAUCUGUAUGUAUGUUAUUAUGCUGAAGUCAACAUUCAGCUCAAAGCACAGCUUGGCCUGAGUUCAGGAGGUAGGCACACAUCUGAGGUAGGCAAAGUACGGGUUAAACUGUUAAAGGUCUGACUGAACAAUGGAGGCCUUGUGGAGAUGCAUUUUCAAAACAUAAUAUGCUCUAGAUGCUGGGAUAGGCUCCAGCCCCCCCGCAACCCUACUAGAGGAUAAGCGGUAGAAAAUGAAUGAAUGAAUGAAUAUGCUCUAGACGUGCCUCUACUCUCAUAUACUGUUUUUGUGUUUACAUCGUAGUGUUACAGUUAACCAUGUAUCGGCUCUGAUAUCUUACAGUCUGACAUAGCUCGAGACAGAGACUUUAGUAGACCAGUCCUACACAGUGUGACAGGCAGUAAACUUACACUAUCAUUGGCACCUUAACAUCAUGACAGUGUCAUUAUUUAAUUUUCCAUCAGUACAUCCCUUAUGAUUUUUAAAAACUUAAGUUUCUAAAAUAUAUCUUGUAAUUCGAACAUUGCAUCACUGCUCUGACUAUCAGCUGCACAAGUUAAUUGAUUGGUGAGGACUUGCUUGUGAACUCAAAUCUGAUAUUCAUUUCAGUAAAGCACAACUUCAUAACAAUAAAUAAUGACAUAGAAAAAAUUAAUGGAAAGUUUACUUGGAGCCCAUUUCUACUGUUUGAAGUCUCAGCUCUGUUCAGGCUGUAUGGACCCUGUAGGGCUGAUAGUGAAUGACAGUUUGUAAAGGUGCUAAGACGAGGAAGGCGCUCUACUACAUCAGGAAAUGCAUCACUGCCCAAAGGAUUAGCCUGUAGGAUUUGUGUAAGUAGUGAGGUAUUAAGCAUGAAUAUUAAUAAUCUCUACAUUAUAUACACAGACACAUCACUGAUCGUCAUAGAUAUAAAAGUAAAUGUCUGUCUGUAAGGGUGUAAAAUAACAGCUUCUAAUAUGCUUGGGAAGCGAAGUCAUUCUUUUAUACGCAUCUCUUUGUUAUGUAUAAGAAGAAACUUGCUCUUUAGGUAUAGCUUCUUCAAGAUCUGCUUUGGGGGAUUUUUUUUACUUUGCAUCUUUCUCUGCUUGCUCUGUCUGGCCUUUUCACUCAUCAUCUGAGGGAUACACUCACAUGUGGCCAACCACACUGUCAAUGCUGAUCAAGUAACGACUUGGAAACAACUGAGCACAGACUGUGACACGAAACAGUAUGUCUUGUGCUUUUUUUUCUUUAAAGCUAAAAUACAUGACUGUAUGACAGCACUGUGGCUGCACAGAUCCAUUGUAGACACUGGCAAACAGCUGCAGCUGCUCCUGUUGUGUUGCUGCUGUGCUGCUUUCACUGCACACUGGUGUAGACAAGGUCUAAAUGUUAUUUCAGUCAAUAUUCAAAGACAAGAUAAGGAACUAUACUAUUGUUAAAAAUUGCUUGUGUCCCUGUAAUUUUUGAUUUAUUGAUGGGUUUUUUGCAACAUGCACAAUGUUUACUGAGUUUACACUAAACACAAAACUACAACUUAAACAGCGUGUGUCUUACAUGAACUGGUACUAUGGUUUAAAGGUAUACUGUAUGAACAGUAGAUGUGUUACGCUAAUGGAAAAAUAACCACAUUUAAGGUGUUUUGAUGGUAAAAACCUGCUGAGUUUUGACUCUCAGGUGUGUGUCUCAUCUCAAUAAUAACAUUUACAACCCCAGAAAAGCACUUCUGCCUUAUGAACGAAGUUUCUAUGUUUUUUUCUGUACAUGUAUUUCUACAUUUGUACUUGACAAGAUUUUGGAAACACUUAUCCAGGUUAUUUAAAAAAAAAAAAAAUGUUAUCCCCGAUUUUCUUUUCAUGCUGUUGUCAGCAGUGUAACAAAACUUGAUCUAUUGGUGCAUUUUGUCAACAACCAAAGUUUGUGCAUUUGUUGUGUGGAAAUCCAACUUCUCAGGCUUUCGAUUUCUCACUCUGAAUGUCAUGUAGUGAUUUCACAUGGUGUCAUUUUCAGUGUACUGUAUACUCUCAUCAAGAUGAACUUGUUUGGCACUGCCAACUUUUUAAAUAUCUGUAGAAGUAGUUGUGCUGUAAAUAAUGAACUCAGAUAAUUGACUUGUGCCAACAUUUGGAUUGAAAAAGCCUAUAAUCGUCUGAAAGCUUUAUACACUAGAUUGUAACAUCUUUGUGUAUGUAAUGACGUGUGUUACGGUACCUAUUUAUAGUUAUCACUGCAACUAUUAAAGGAUUUAAGAUA